AGCGCCGCGCCGCCUGCCCGCCUUUACGCCGCGGCCGCCAAAAAUGCUAAAAGAGGCAGCUCACAAAAGGCCAAGCAGGAAGAAGCCCAGAAGAAAAAAGGACGUGGCAGGCGGCCGUUGCUGAGCAAGCCUGUGGAUGAUGUGUACUUGACGUGGUACUAUGAGCGACCAUCCUACAAUGUAGAAGAAGCUGUGGGUAUGUUAAAGAAAUUUCAGGAACUGGACUUCACAUACCCAAAACAGUUUGUGUAUAUUAAUGUGACCCUAGAUAUGGAACUACAGAAGAAGAAAAAAGUGGAUCAGUUUACAAGCAUUGUUCUUCUUCCAUACCGCUUUACAGAUGAAACGAAUAAGGUCUUGGUUUUCACAGAGAAUGAGCAAGAAGCUGAAAUAGCUCGAGAGAAUGGAGCUGCUGUUGUGGGAGGCAUUGAAUUAAUCAAAUGGAUUUUGGAAGAAGAAAUUAAAAUGGAUUUCUACAUAGCUGUUCCUGCAAUAAUGCCUAAACUGAUACCAUUAAGGAGCAAGCUAAAACAAAAAUAUCCCAGCACAAAAAGAAAUUCCCUGGGUCAUGAUAUUCCCAAAAUGCUUCAGUUCUUCAGGGAAGGUCUUGAGUACAUGGUACAAGAUGAGCGUCUAAUCAAGACAAGGAUAGCAAGACUGGAUAUGCCUACUGAGCAGAUCGUUGCCAAUCUAAAAACAAUUAUUGAGGAUAUCUGCAAGUUCAAACCAUCAAGUGCUGGUCCUUUUGUGAAGAAGCUGGUUAUUAGAUCUUCAACCAGUGAGGGCUUACUGUUGAACCUUGAUGGACUUCUCCCUGAGGCAGAGAAAGUAGAAGAAAAAGAAGAAACUGCAGAAGAUGAUGAAGAAAAACCUGUCCAAGAAUCUGUUAGUACCUGAUGCCUUUCCUUGUGCAUCUGAUGAUCAAGUUUGAAAAGCAAAUGCUGUUGUUCAAAUCAUAUUCUGUGAAAAAAAAAUAAAUAGAUCUGUGACUUUCAUUUUUAAAAUUCUGUGUGACAAGAAAUUGUCAGAAACAGGAAUAUGUUGUCAAAACUGAAGAUGUCUUAGGCUUUUUCUGUUGGUAGCUGAAAGCUUCCUAAUUUGUGUGUAGUUUUGUCUUGGCAUGUGAUAAUUCCUAGUCUAAUAAAUUUUGUAGUAUAAACUCUGAGUUAUCACCAUCUAAUUUCCACAGUUAGAGCUGAAAGACUGGUACACCUUAUAUUCAUAGUGCUGAGUUUUCUACUUCGUGGAAAUUGCCUAAUGUUCAGUAUUUCUGUGCACUAGACUCAGACCCACACAGAGAAACGAAUGCAGUUCCUUGUGGGAAGCUGCUGUAUAACUUACAAAGAGAAGGAAGCUAGGUUUUAAUUUACUGUCCUAUUUUCUGCAGCAUCAGGGAUGAAUUUGCUUUUGAGUUGAUGGGAGUUGCAUCUUCCUGGUGCUUGUGGUAUCCAACUUUGUUUUCAUUUAAUAUAAAUAUAGAUACUAAAAUAAUGUAUAGAGAACUGCUGCUUCACUAGGCACUCUGAAACUACUUCAUGUUUCUGAAUGCAGGAUAGUCUUUGUGACAUACUGUAGUAGUUGAUACAUUUUUUUCCCUACUGAAAAAAAUGGCUUAUCUUAUGUGAGAGGAGUGAUUGUGCUACAUUUUUCUAAUAACAUUUAAUCCCUCUGUAACUGAUUAUGCCUCUGAGGGAAUCUAGUUAGUGUUUGUAAUACGCAAGAAAGAGUUAAUGCUAGAAUCAUAGAAUAUCCUGAGUUGGUCGGAUCAUCGAAUCCAGUCCUGGCUUUACUCAGGAGCACCUAAAAUUUAAACCUUAUUUUUGAGAGCGUUGUUCAAAGGCUCUUUCAACUCUGGCAGCGUGGUGCUGUGACCACUGCCGUAGGGAGCCUCAUCUAGUGUCCAAUCACCUCUGGUGAAGAACCUUUUCCUAACACCCAACUUGACCUUCCUCUAACUGUCAUAUACUCAACUACUUUAGGGUGAAACCUGAGUGAAGAUCCGAAAGUUGUGUUGAUUUUUUUAUCUGCCAUGAAGGUAGAGAAGCACUUUUGACAGCCUUGCAAACAGCUGCUUGGGGGUAAGGGAGUGGGUUUGAAGUUAAGAAGGCUUCACAACAAUGAUGGAUCCUUCUGUACAGGUAACUCAGAGGAAUAUUCCUGUCCUAUGCUUCAUGUUCAGAGUUUGCCUAAAAAUGCUGACUGAUGCUUUAUGAGGGUUUAUUGUGUUUCUGUAUGGGGAUGGAAAGCCUGUGAGAGGAGCAUUGAGUCGUUAAGGGGUGUAGGGCCUGUGUGCUUGGUUAGUUAAUGUGGAGGUGCAAUGGCCCCUGUAGAUAGAGGCUCCCCAUCCAGCCAAUGUAUGCAGAAGUGGGGGAGAAAGGCUGUGGAGUCCCUUUUAUUCAUUCAUAACUUAACUUGUUCCUCUGACUCUUAAUAUCUGCAAAUUCCACUUACAUUUGAUGGAAAAUGUUGAAAGCAAAGACUUAUUAACUGAAACAGAGGACUUUGUUAGGAAUAGCAAAAUCUGAUGUGCUAGUUUACCUUAUUAUUAAUUAUCCUCUUGAUGAGGAUUGAGCUCUUAAAUGCUGCCAAGUUGAGCCUUCAAAUAUAUUUGACUUUUUGUUCUUUGGGUCUAGUUGGUGUGGUAAAACCAAAACUACUUUUUCUGCAACAGGUAGUAAUCACUAUGCUUCUAACAUAAUACUGUUGUUCUGCUGACUUUAACUACAGCUGUGUGGCAAUUAUUUUGACUUGUUAUUGUAUCUACUUGUUUUUUUCCAGCCUUCUUAAAUAUAAACUGAAGACUAGAGAAGACA